ACGGCAAGUUGUCUGCGUCUCUCAUCGGCUGAAUCUGUAUAUAGUGGUAUCAUUUUUGUCUGAGCUAAUUCUCUCGUGUUCAAAGAUUUUCUGCGUUGCGUCGGCUGAAUCCAUAGAUAGUGACCAAUGUGGCCUUGAUGGGUGAUGCUGAAAUGCCUCUUUAAUAUCUUGAAGUCUAAUAGACCAAAACAUCUGACUAUGCUUGGUUCAGAAUUUCAUGCCUUUCUAGUGAACUUCCCUAAGCAAGUGCAAAAGUAUCUGAAGUUAAAUUCUAAGACAUCAAAGGAAGAUGACAGAACCACAAGCUCAGCCAGCACUGAUAGCAAUGACAAAGAUUCAUCAAUUGCCGCAAAAGUCAAUUUGGAGAAGCAGUUGCAAGCUUGGAAAGAGAAUCCAAUUUGGGUUAAUUCUACCCCAGAAAUAAAGGUUAGUGUUCCUAAAGGUUCUCUUUGCAAUUUGAAUGUGAAAGUAAAUAUUGGGCUGCCUCCAGAUGCUGUAUAUGACAUUAUCAUUGAUCCGGAUAACAGAAGGGUCUUCAAGAACAUUAAGGAAGUCAUAUCAAGGAGGGUAUUAGUUGAUGAAGGUCUAAGGCAGGUGGUUGAAUUGGAGCAAGCUGCGCUGUGGAGGUUUCUCUGGUGGUCGGGAACCAUUUCUGUUCAUGUAUUAGUGGAUCAGAACAGAGAAGAUCACUCGAUGAAGUUCAAGCAAAUCAAAACAGGGUUCAUGAAAAGAUUCGAAGGUCACUGGAAAGUGGAACCUAUACUGGUGGACGAACAAUUAUGCCAUUCCGUCAGACCUAAAACUCUGGAGGAAUAUGGUUCAUGCACUAAAGGCAAAGGAAGGAUUGCAUCAGAAGUGAGCUUGGAUCAGCUUAUACAACCAGCUAUUGUCCCUCCUCCCCCUUUUUCUUGGUAUCUUAGAGGAAUCACGGCAAAGACCACGGAGAUGAUCAUAAAUGAUUUGGUUGCUGAAGCUGCCAGGAUUAAAGGAUUCUGCACAACUGAAUUUUCUCAAGUUCCACUUGGGUCAUCUGAGGGAAGUUUUGAUGAAGGCAUGCCAUCAUCUGACAUUAAAGAAAGAUGGGCUUUAAGAAGGAGAAAUGCAAAGCAUUCUCGUAGAAGGCUUUCAGAUGGGAGUUGAUAAAUUGGUCAGGGUUGUUCAGGAAUCUUAAUGUCUUCGAUAGCGUUUGCAAUUUUUUGUACUUUUCUUUCUCAAGACUUCCUGUAUUAUUUGGUUAUCUGGUUUCAAUAAAGCAAAUGUUGUCUUUUGAGAAUUAA